CCCCCCGGAGUAUAUAAGCCGAGGGCCCGGGCUGAGGACGGCAUCGUGCGGCUUCGGCUUCCCAGAAACAAGUGGUCUUAAAGGGUCAGACGGCAACACCCACUAGCAAAAUGGCUUACUCUUGGGACAACCGUGUCAAGUACGUCGUCAGGUACAUGUACGACAUCGACAACAAUGGCUACCUCGACAAGAAUGACUUCGAGUGCCUGGCGCUGAGAAACACACUCAUCGAGGGCCGCGGCGAAUUCAACUCCGACGCUUACGCCAACAACCAGAAGAUCAUGAGCAACCUCUGGAACGAGAUCGCCGAACUGGCUGAUUUCAACAAGGACGGAGAGGUGUCAAUUGACGAGUUCAAGCAAGCAGUACAGAACGUUUGUGUUGGCAAGGACUUUCCAUCCUUCCCAGUGGCUUUCAAGUCGUUCAUUGCUAACCAGUUUAAGACAGUUGACGUAAAUGGUGACGGUCUUGUUGGCGUUGAUGAGUACAGGCUGGACUGCAUCUCCAGGAGUGCCUUCUCCUCCGUUAAGGAGAUUGAUGAUGCUUAUGCCAAGCUCUGCACUGACGAUGACAAGAAGGCUGGUGGCAUCAGCCUCAACCGCUACCAGGAGCUGUAUGCCCAGUUCAUCUCCAACCCUGACGAGAAGUGCAAUGCCGUCUACCUUUUCGGACCCCUGAAGGAGGUGCAGUAAAUGAGUCCCAGAGGCAUCAAGACCCUGCCCACGUGCGAGGCCCUACGCUGUGGGUGGACAUCCUGCACACUCGCAACCUGGGCUGGCCUAGCGCCCGCCCCUCCACACCCAGCAGUGCCCAGUUCCUCGCCGCAUCAUUUUUAUACUCGUCUCCCUUUGAUGCCAAGCUGAAGUACAGGCAAUACCAUCUCUGCCUGUAACAGCCGACCUGACGAUCUGGAAGUCCCUAGCCAGACUCCUGGAUUGGGGACCCGCCCUGCCCCGGCCACCCCUCCACCUUUGGGUUUCUUCUGGCCAGACCAACACCAGGCAAGAUCGUCUACUAACACGAUCACAUACUUUUCUCUUAUUGUCGAAUAAACGUUGAAAUGUUUUA